AUGGUGAACACUAAGGUGGAUUUGUCAAGGAUGGCCAGGGCUGAAACCCAUGGUGAAAACUCUCCAUAUUUUGCAGGGUGGAAAGCAUAUGAUUGCAAUCCAUAUGACCCCAUGCUCAACCCUUCAGGCAUUAUUCAAAUGGGUCUUGCAGAAAACCAAGUCUGCUCUGAUUUAUUAGAGGAAUGGAUAGACCAACAUCCAGAAGCGCUAUCAAUGAAAAAUAAAAUUCCCAACUUCAAAGAAGUGGCAUUGCACCAGGAUUACCAUGGACUAUCCAUUUUCAGAAAAGCUUUGGCAAGGUUCAUGGAAGAAAUCAGAGGAGGGAGAGUUAAGUUUGAUCCAGACAAGAUUGUAUUGACAGCAGGAGCCACAGCAGCAAAUGAGAUAUUGACAUUUUGCAUAGCCAACCCGGGAGAUGCCUUGCUCAUCCCUACCCCAUAUUACCCAGGGUUUGACAGAGAUUUGAGGUGGAGAACAGGAGCACACAUCAUCCCAGUCCACUGCACCAGCAAAACAGGCUUUGAGAUCACCCUCCAAGCCUUGGAACAAGCAUAUCAAGACGCCCAACUCCAAGGAAAAAGAGUCAAGGCUCUCCUCAUAACCAACCCAUCAAACCCACUUGGCCAAACCCUAAAGGCCAGCGCCAUACACCAAAUCCUAGACUUUGUGAGCCAAAAAAGCAUCCAUCUCAUUUGUGAUGAAAUCUACUCAGGCACAGUCUUCAACCCCUCCUCACCUUUUGUUAGCAUAUCUGAGAUCAUCCCAAAGUCAAAAAACACAAACCCUAAAAGCAUUCACAUAGUUUAUAGCCUCUCUAAGGAUCUUGGGGUGCCAGGCUUUAGGGUUGGUGCAAUUUGCUCACAAAAUGAUGAAAUUCUCACUACUUCAAGGAGGAUGUCUAGCUUCUCAUUGAUAUCCUCUCAAACUCAAGCAAUUUUGACAAGCAUGCUUUUGGACAUGGAGUUUAUGAGGAGAUACAUGGUGAUGAGCAAGAAAAGGUUGAGAGAGAGGCAUGAAAGGCUUGUUGGGGGGUUGAGAGAGAUGGGGAUUGAGUGCUUGGAGGGGGGAUCUGGCCUUUUUUGCUUUGUGAAUUUGAGGCACUUGCUGGAGAGAGAGAGUUGGGAGGGGGAGAUGAGGCUUUGGGAGGUGGUUUUGAAUGAUGUUGGCUUGAAUGUGAGCCCUGGCUCUUCUUUCCACUGUGAGGAGCCUGGGUGGUUUAGGGUUUGCUUUGGGAACAUGAGCCAGGAGGCCUUGGAUGUUGCUCUUCAAAGGAUUAGGGAUUAUUUCAUGGUGCAUGGGAAGAGGGUUGAGGUGGUGGGUGGUGGUUCUAGUGUUGGUUGGGCCACAAGUGCCAUGGAUGUGGACCAACAGGCUGAACCACAAGAUUUGGUGAUCAUUUGA